CAUUUCACAGAGGAAGAAACCCGGUGUGGAAGCUGGAAGAAAAAUGCAUUUUUAGCCAAACAAGAAGAGAAAUAUUUAGAUUUUUUUGUUUACCAGCAAUGUCUUUUAUUCGGGCAAAUAAUCUGCUGUUAGAUACUGAAUUUGUAGAGCUAGUUAAUGAGGAGCUGCUAAUCGACUGUGUGAAGGAAUUUGUGUCAGGUAGCUUAGCCUAGAGCUAGUUUCUAAUAAAGUGGCAUAAAGUGGAGCUAUUUCUGAAUGUUUGAGGAAAUCAUGAGUCAAAGCGAAAAAGUGGGACAGAAUGAUGAGGAAAUGAUUAAAGAACUGUGUGUGUGCAACGGCGUGUCCUAUGAGAAGAUGUGUGAGGAUGGGAGUGGAGUAGAAGCUCUUGAGAUGUUCUUCUCAGGGUUUCCCCGCAUGGUGGGACUCUCUCUGUUCCCUGGGCUGCUCAAGCUCACCAUCGUGGGACAGAACGUCUGCAGAAUCCAGGGCCUGGACGACUGCCCGCUGCUCCGGGAGCUCUGGGUGGCAGAGUGUCAGCUCACUGAGAUCUCGGGUCUGCAGAAGUGUGUGCAGCUGGAGAGACUCUUCCUCUAUGACAAUAAGAUCAGGGAUAUGAGCAACCUGGAGUCUCUAAUGAACCUGCGUGUCCUCUGGCUCAACAACAACCUCAUCUCUGAGAUCAAGGGCUUGAGCACACUGGAGAACCUGACAGAACUCAACCUAGCUGAUAAUCACAUUACCUCUAUAGGAAAAAAUCUAGAGCAAAACAAGAAUCUGCAAAAUCUCAGUCUGUCAGGGAAUAUGAUCAGCUCUUUUAAGGAGCUGACCCAGCUGGCGUGUCUGACUGAGCUGAGAGAACUCGGGCUGAACGACCCACAGUCGAGUCCCAACCCUGUGUGUAUGUUGUGUAAUUACUACACACACUUGUUAUACCACAUUCCAACGUUACACACACUUGACUCGUAUGAUGUGUCAGCAAAAAACAUCAAGGACGCCGCAGAGUCUACAGUGAUGAAAAAGAGGAUGUACUAUCACAUGCGUGUGCGCUGUGUUCAGAGACAGUUCGAUCAGACCAAACACACACUGCUGCAACAGAGAAAGAAACUGCAGCAGCUACCUGAGGACAGAAUACACACACUCAGCUACACACUCAAACAUUUGGAGUGUGAGUUCGAGGCUGAAGGCAGGAAGAUGGCAGGUUUGCGAGAGGAAGUGACAUCAGAGUGGUCAGGUGAAUGCCUGACCUCUGACCUUUCUGAGUGUGAGCACAGCCUGAAGAAGAAACUGGAGGCAGUCAGAAAACGGAUUAAGAUCUGGGAACAGAGAUUAGAGGAGGUGGAGGAACGUCUCCAGCAGGAUGUUGCCAUGGCUUCAGACAGGAAGGACAUGUCAGUUGACUUUCUGAUGAUGGAACUGGAGACGGUGGGAAACAUUCGCUUUGAGGAAGGAAACACCAGCCAUAUCUGGUUUAAGCCGUGUUACGACCUGCUGCUCUCUCGGUUCUGCAUUCGGGACUACAAAGUGUACAACAUCACUGGCAUCAAGAUUAACAGAAUUGUGCGUGUGCAUAACCGUGUACUGCGUCUGCGCUUUGAGGACAAGCUGCGUGAUCUGCUGGCCAAUAACAAGUCCUCACUUUUCUCCCAGAAUUACAGACGCCGCCUGGAGUAUCUGUUUCCCGUGUUUGAUGAUGAGCGAAGCACAGAGAAAAUCCAGCGCACCCAUGAGAUCCUGGACAUUCUGGAGAGCGGGUUUAAAUCAGCAGGCGGGUAUAAGGUCACGGGUAGAGAUUGUGCUGUGCCUCUUUCCAACAGUCUCAGCGCGUGUGAGGAGCCGCAUGUAAGAUUUGUUCAGAGAAAAGCCAGCGGACGUGGAAGUGAGAGCACUGAGAAGCUUCUGGCCAUCACACAGGGUCAGCUGAUCAUCUCUAAAGCAUUCCUGGGUCACAGUGUUCCACUUAGAGACGGAGUGCCAGUGGACGCAGAGUUUUAUCCCAAAGCUCACUCCGUGUACCGCAAAGCAAGCGCUAAGCAACACACCACCGAGCAGGGCAACACAGGUGAAGUGUGUUCCUCUGAGCUGCAGGGAUGUUGUGACUGCAGUCAGAGACAAACCCUUUGGUAUGUUUUCGACCACGAGCUCAUCCUGCCGGAGUAUCUGGUCCAGUUUGAAUACAUCACACAGGAGAGAUCCCAGUCCGCCUGCUCAUCCACCCCAGGCCCCCCCAAAGCCCCUGUUGCCUCAGAUGAUGAUGAUGAGCAGGCCCUGGACGAGAAGGUUCUGGAUCUCAAACCCAUUCCCAAGCCACAACCUAGACUGCUGAGUCUGGACGAGAGAAGCAUCCUGACAGCAGCGCGAGCGAACGUCCUGAGCCAGAUCACUGUGCUGAAUCUUCAUGGGAACAGUUUGAGCAGGCUGAAGGAGAUCUCUCGCCUCACGGCACUGCGGCAGCUGACCGUCAGCUGCAACUCUCUCACACACCUGGAUGAGGUUUCACACCUGCCCAAUCUGGAGUGUGUGGAUGCCAGUUUUAACCAGAUCGUGACUCUGGAAGGUGUCCGAGGACUUCCCCGUCUCAGAGAGCUAGACCUGCGCUGGAACCAGCUGAGCCGAGUCCGAGAGGAGACGAGUGUCCUGUACAAACACACACCAUCCCUGCAGUGCCUCGAUACCAGACAUAACCCAUGGAGUCAGGGUGAAUCAGUGCAGAUGGUGGUAUUGGGUAGGUUGAAGACUCUCACUCACUUGGAUGGAAUGUUAGUGACUGAAGAGGAGAUGGCAGCUGCAGCACACAUGACCUCCACCUCCAGGAUCAACUUGAUGUUGUUGCUCUCUCAGUCCCGUACUGAUGCCAGUCGUCCACGCUGCUUGAGUCUUCUCCCUGCAGCCCAGCUCCUCACCCACCUCAGUUCGUCACCAUGGAAACACACCACUGACCUCGAACCUGGGUGGAGUGCCAAGAUCACAGCGGUGAAUUUAGACGGUCAGCAUCUGUCCCACAUCAGUAACCUGGAGCAGUUGGUGAAUCUGCGCUGGGCAUCGUUUAAUAACAACCAGCUCAUGAACAUUGAGGGGCUGCAGCACUGCCCCCUACUGGAGGAGCUGUCUCUGAAUCACAACUACAUCUGUACACUGGAAGGUUUGUCUAAGCUCCAGCGGCUCACACAUCUCAGCAUUAAUGGUAAUCAGCUGCAGAGUUUAGAUACCUCUGUGUUGAAACACCUGACGAAUCUCCACUUCCUGUCCGCUGAGGACAACUGCAUUUCCUCCUUGCAGGGGGUUCAGAGGUUACACUUCCUGUUUGAGCUUUAUGUCGGCAGCAACAACAUCAGCACCUCGAGAGACAUCUAUCAACUGAAGACUCUGAGUAACCUGAUCAUACUGGAUUUGUAUGGCAACCCAUUAACAAGGACACUGGACAAUUAUCGAGCCUACGUCAUCUUUCAUCUGCCGUCUCUGAAAGCACUGGAUGGGACUGCUGUGGAGUUGUCAGAGUGUGAGAAUGCGAAGGACGUGUUUGGAGGCCGGCUGACGGUGGACAUGUUGGCUGAGAAACAUGGUCAGUGUAACUACAGAGAGAUGGAGGAGCUGGAGCUCCCUGGCUUCUCUGUGAGGACGGUGGAUUUAGUUCCCGCUGAGCUCUUUGCGAGUCUACGCAGCGUGAAUCUGGAGCGGAACAACCUCACCUCCUUCAGUGGACUCAUCUACCUGCCCAAUGUCAAGGUGUUGUAUCUGAACUACAACCAUAUUGAGUCGAUUCUGCCACGUCAGAAAGCACACACUCACCUCAGCAGCAGACAGCAGCUCUAUCAGAAGGUUCACUCCAGCGGCUACGGACAACAGAGCAGCAAGAGUAACAGUAGGGAGUGUGUGUGUGUGGAGAGUCUGGAGCCUCUCAUGUGCAGCUUGGAGGUCCUCCAUCUCAGCUAUAACGGCAUCUCAAACCUGAGCGAUGUGCAGCUGAGUCGCCUGAGCGGCCUUAGAGCUCUGUUCCUGCAGGGUAAUGAGAUAGUGCAGGUGGAGGGUUUGGAUGGACUGUGUCUUCUGCGUGAGUUAGUGAUGGAUCAGAACCGAGUGAAGACGCUCUGUGAGAAAUGGUUCAGCUCACACACACGCCUGAUUGAGCUGAGCCUGAAUGACAACCGCCUGCGCAGCCUCACACACCUGCAGCUCACACACCUGCAGCGCCUGCACCUCAACAACAACAAGCUGCAGGAUAUCACUGAGUUGGAUAAACUGGAGGGUCUUACGUCACUUAUAGAGCUGUCUGUGCUGGGCAAUCCGGUGGCACGGCGCUCCCUCCACAGGCCGUCUGUGGUUCUGCGUCUCCCUCAGCUGCAGGUCCUUGAUGGAAUCACAAUCACAGUAGAGGAACGCACACGAGCAGAGUUAAUGUGUACUGAGGACACACCCUCCUCGGUGGAUGUGCCAUUUCCUGUUGUACUGUGUCGCGCUCCUCCUGCCCGAAAUUCAGCCCUGGGGGUCGGCACACACCACCUGCUUGGUCACGAGAGCUUUCUCAGCAUUUCUGCCGAGGACACACACUAUAAACGUGCAGAUAAGAGGCAGAGAGCGGCAGUGACACCAUCACGCAGUGCUCAGAGUAACACACUCAGAGGUGCACUGAGUCUCACAGGACUACUGCACCAUUGUCACCGAGGAUAUAACACACACACGGAGUCUGAGAGCAGGUAUCCCAGUGGAACCAAGCGUCCCCCCCGAUACACUGAUGCCUGACCUCCUCAUCUGUCUAUUUUAUAAAGAAAUUAUCUAUAUAUAUAUAUAUAUAUAUGUUUAUGUACAAAUGUAUAUAAAUAUGUAAAAAUGCAACACUGCAUUGGCUACUGCAAUUUAUACUCGAGUAAUUAAGAAGUAUUUGUGUGUGUGUGUAUGUGGGGGGGGAGCCACGCCCACUUCUUUGGCACUGUGGGUAGUGAGACAGGGACAAAUUGGUUUUGGAGGUGAAGAUGGACAGCAAAGAUGGCCACAGACAGGUCAGGACUGCCACACACACAUGCACACCCACUCACACACACACUCACACCCACUCACACACACACUCACACCCACUCACACACACCCUCACACCCACCCACACCCACACCCUCACACCCACCCACACCCACACACACCCCCACCCACACGACCAGUCCAGACAAAAUAACCAAAAGGAAGUUUAUUAUUUAAACCAAAUACACUCACAAAAACAUUUAGAAAAAUACCUGUACAUGUUAAAAACUAACACACAGCACUGUGCAGUGUUUAACUGUGUGAGACAUCUUCCAAACACACACACACACACUGUUAUUACAGUC